AGCUGGUUCUGUGAAUUGCCUUGCCAUUAUGUUGCCUGAAUGAUAAAGCAAUCAAUCGGCUAAGUGAGGACAUAACAGGCCACUAAGACUUAUAGACACACUGAAGGUGGGAUAGAACACACCUCAUGCGUGGGCUCAGAGAGGGUCCGAGGCUGUACGGAUCAUCUGACUAAGAUGGGUGUUCUCCAGCUCCACAACCCCACGCUCCCCGCCACGCUCCUGCACAGGGCCAAUCAUAUGCGUCUGUCGGGAACGCUGUGUGACGUAAUCAUCACGGUGGAUGGCCAGGAGUUCCCGGCCCACCGCACCGUCCUGGCCUGCACCAGCAAGAUGUUUGAGAUUUUAUUCCACCGCAGCAGCCUGCGCUACGCACUCGAUUUCCUCUCCCCCAAGACCUUCCAGCAGAUCCUGGAGUACGCCUACACGGCCUCCCUGCAGGCCACGGCCGAGGACCUGGAUGACCUGCUGUACGCCGCUGAGAUCCUGGAGAUCGAGUACCUGGAGGAGCAGUGCCUCAAGGUCCUGGAGACCAUCCAGUCAGAGGAGAAGCAGGACCACCUGAGUCUGAGUGGGAGGAACCACGGGUCUGGAGAGAGUGAACAAAGCAGGGCAAGGCACUGGAGGAACAUGCUAAUCUCCAAGAAGCAUUCCAUGCAGGAGGGUGGUAUCAACCCCACCGCCCUGCACCACCUGGCACUGUACCACAUGACUGACAGGAGUCCCUCUGGGCCAGGGGGACUACCUAUGGGGCUCCCUGUAGCCAGCCCAACACAAGAUGGAGGGGUUAGUCUGGAGGGCCUGGGUCAGUCUCCACUGCAGUACAGCCUCAAUGGAGCCCAGGAGCCAUUCCUGCCUCUGGCUAAGAGGAUAAAGACAGAGGACAAUAACAUGCAGGUGGAUGAAGCCAAUGGCUACGAGGGCCAGUCCAACAGCGGAGGGGAGGGGGGCUGUGAGUCGGACCAGCCAAGAGAAGAGGGCCCGGGGACCCCCCAAAGAGGCAGUGUCAUCACAUCUGCUAGAGAGCAGCACUCGGGCCAAGAGGAGGGGGGCAUAGUGGGGAACAACUCUCCUCUGGACAGUUUCCCUGGGCUGGCUGAGAAACACCUGGCCUCCCUCUACUCCUCCAUGCCGUCCAAUCACAUAGGGGAGUUGGGGCUGCCUAUGCCCAUGUCGGUGGCCCCUUCCCUGGCCAUGUCCCUGGACCUGAGGGCCUAUGGGGGGCUCCUGAACCAGGGCCUGCUCCACAGGGAGAUCCUCAGCAGGCUGGGACAGUUUGCUGCAGGGAUGAGGCGGGAGGGCCAGAGUCAGACUCAGAGCAGUGGGGACUGUGGUCUCCAGCUGCACGACAGAGAGGUCAUGGAGCAACACAGGAAGCUGCACAGUGAAGGAGAGAAGGAACACGGCUGUGAGUUUUGUGGCAAACACUUCAUGGACAGUGUACGGCUCAGGAUGCACAUGCUCUCUCACUCAGCUGGAGCUGAGGCCCUGGUGUGUGAUCAGUGUGGAGCUACAUUCUCUGCUGAAGAUGCUCUGGAGGCCCACAGACAGACACACACAGGGACAGACAUGGCAGUGUUCUGUCUGCUCUGUGCCAAGCGGUUCCAGACCCAGAAGGCUCUGCAGCAGCACAUGGAGGUUCAUGCAGGGAUGCACAGCUACAUCUGCAGCCACUGUGACCACCCCUUCCCCAGCCACACCACCCUCAAACGCCACCUGCGCUCACACACAGGUGACCACCCGUUUGAGUGCGAGUUCUGUGGGAGCUGUUUCCGGGACGAUGGCAUGUUGAGGGGACACAAACGUAUCCACACGGGAGAGAAGCCUUACGAGUGUAACGGCUGUGGCAAAAGGUUCAGCCUCAAGCAUCAGCUGGAGACCCACUACCGCGUGCACACAGGCGAGAAACCAUUUGAGUGCAAGAUCUGUCACCAGCGAUCCAGAGACUACUCUGCCAUGAUCAAGCACCUGCGCACCCACAACGGAGCAUCGCCCUACCAGUGUACCAUCUGCCAGGACUUCUGCCCCAGCCUGGCAGCCAUGCAGAAACACAUGAAGAGCCACAGACCCGAGGAUGUGCCCCCGGACUGGAGGAUAGAGAAGACCUACCUGUACGUAUGCUACGUCUGAGCAGGUCUUAGACACUAAGACACACUAUCCUAGGAGUGGACAGGUUUUUCAUCGUAUUCUUUCCUCUAAAGAAGAGUAAGUUGAUAAUUUCUGUGGUUUGAUUGGUUUUAUCACUGAGUAUGUGUUGAAGACUGGAAGACGAUUGGUCAGGUUACCACAGCAGUGAAAGUGUUAUCUGUUAUUACAUCAAACCUGCGUAUGUGUUGAAGACUGAAAGACGACUGGUCAGGUUACCACAGCAGUGAAAGUGUUAUCUGUUAUUACAUCAAACCUGCGUAUGUGUUGAAGACUGAAAGACGACUGGUCAGGUUACCACAGCAGUGAAAGUGUUAUCUGUUAUUACAUCAAACCUGCGUUUGUGUUGAAGACUGAAAGACGACUGGUCAGGUUACCACAGCAGUGAAAGUGUUAUCUGUUAACACAUACGCAGGUUUGAUGUAAUGAAGACUGAAAGACGACUGGUCAGGUUACCAGAGCAGUGAAAGUGUUAUCUGUUAUUACAUCAAACCUGCGUUUGUGUUGAAGACUGAAAGACGACUGGUCAGGUUACCACAGCAGUGAAAGUGUUAUCUGUUAUUACAUCAAACCUGUGUAUGUGUUGAAGACUGGAAGACGACUGGUCAGGUUACCACAGCAGUGAAAGUGUUGCACUAGAAGGGAUAUUGAGUUCUAUCUGCUGUGACUGUGAUUGUGAGAUGUAGAACCCAACUUCUCUGGUAUAAUUGCAAUACUAUACUACAUAGAUUGAUUGAGAUAAACAAUCAUUUCCUGGCUUAUUAUUUCCUGUUAUAGAUUUUUUGGGGUGUUGUUUUGUUUUCUGCAUGUUUUACUUGAAUGUUGUCCAUAUGCUUGAUUUAAUUUGUGUCUUAUUUUUCAGUGCGCAUAUUACGCAUAUGAUUUUCCUUACCUGUCAGUUAGUCUGUCUGCUCAUGCUGAUUGACAAGCAUUAAGGUGCAACAGGUUUUGAUAUUUAUGUCGUGCAUCAUUUUUGUUACCAAAUAGGUGUUGGUUAUUUUGACCCAACCUCAAGGCCGUUUAUUUUGUUAUUAGAAUAAGUGCUACCUCUUCAAUCUUCAACUUGCACAGAGGCAAUAGCACAUCUUAGAACUGGUGUUUUUCAUCGUGUUUUCAUCCAUCAUCUGUAGUUUUAACUUCAAAUGUCCUUUUAUAUUGGCGAAUCGGCUUGAAAUGUUCUGAGAAUGAAUUAAUGGAAUUGAUUCGGACGGUUGCCUGUUGGGUGGAAAAAAAGAUUUGAAAGUCUUUAAAGUGACUUUUAUGUGUAUCAUUUUUUAUAAGUUGAAUUAUAGCAGUCUGUUAAAUCACAGAAUUCGAUUUUUCUCUAAGUGAUGAAAAAGACAUCAAAUCUGAAUAAAAGUGUUGGUUUUUUUACUAAACGUGAAAAGAUUAUUCUGUAAAGUUAAAUGGCUAAAAGCAGGUUAUCGUCAGUUGUCUGUUGCUGUAAAUGUGAUUGUAUCUUAUUUCUAGACGAGAGCCAGAUGAGGGAUUCUCUGAUUUAAAGAUGUUGUAUUUUUGUAUUACAGUGAUCUGCAAUUUGUUUACAUUUGAUUUAGGAAAGAUCUUUUCUUGUGUGUUUUGUAAGUCUCUGGAGUCUGAUUUGAGUAAGAGCCCUCCCUGUGCCUCUUUUAUAAAUGGAGAAUAGAUGUGCUGAAUACAUGAACACAGUACAUGUAUGUUGUAUUGAUCGUUGUUGUUCCUGGUUGUUCGUUUAUUGCUAGUGAAGAAAUGACUUUCACUGCCAUGCCGUAGUAGACCCUAUUGUCUAAACAUUGUCAUUUGAAACAAGAUACUUCUAAUGACUAUGGUAUUAUAUGCCCCAGGCACCUCAUGCCUCAAAGCAACGAGUGAGAUUUUCUUUCAAAAUGUUCUGUCAUGUCAAAGUAAAAUUUGGAUUGUGAAUUCAUCAAAUGGGCAAAAUGCACAGAAAACACAGAAUACAUAGUGGUAUUGUUAAUCAUCUUUAUAAAGCUAAACGUUGGGCAUAAUAUAGGUCUAACACCCAUACAUUUUACAUUCUAGAACAAACAGCCAGCACUCAGUGCCAUGAAAACUAUUAAAAGUAUCAACUCAUCUUCACUGUACUGCUUUCUAUUCUAUACUGAACAGAAAUAUAAACGCAACAUGCAACAAUUUGAAUGAUUUCACUGAGUUACAGGUCAUAGAAGGAAAUCAGUCAAAUACAUUCAUUGGGCCCUAAUCUAUGGAUUUCACAUUGCUGGUCAGGGGCGCAGCCAUGGGUGGGCCUGGGAAACCAUAGGCCCACCUACCUGGGAGCCAGGCCAAGCCAACCAGAGGUUUUUCACCACAGAAGGGCUUUAUUACAGACAGAAAUACUCCUCAGUUUCAUCAGCUGUUCGGGUGGCUGGUCUCAGACGAACCCGCAGGUGAAGAAGUCGAAUGUGGAGGUCCUGGGCUGGUGUGGUUACACGUGGCCUACGGUUGUGAGGCCAUUUGGAAUUACUGCCAAAUUCUCUAAAAUGAUGUUGGAGGCGGUUUAUGGUAGAGAAAUUAACAUCCAAUUCUCUGGCAACAGCUCUGGUGAACAUUCCUGCAGUCAGCAUGCCAAUUGCACGCUCCCUCAAAACUUGAGACAUCUGUGGCAUUGUGUUGUGUGACUAAAUGGAACAUUUUAGAGUGGCCUUUUGUUGUCCCCAGCACAAGGUGUACCCGUGUAAUGAUCAUGCUAUAUAAUCAGCUUGUCGAUAUGCCACACCUGUCUAGUGGAUGGAUUAUCUUGGCCAAUGAGAAAUAUGUAAAUAACACGGAUGUAAAACUAUUUGUGCACAAAAUUUGAUAGAAAUAAGCUUUUUUGUGCAUAUGGAAAAUAGCUGGUGUCUUUAAUUUCACCUGAUGAAACAUGUACCAACACUUUACAUGUUGCAUUUAUAUUUUUGUUCAGUGUACAUACACAUGCACUAUAAGGAUCUUAGGAUUUCCGUGGUGGACCAAAACUAACAGAGCACUUUGAAAAAAAGCUUUUCUUUGAUCUUUCUAUGUUGUAACAAAACGGAAGUUGUAUUAUUUGGUGUGUGUACUAUAAGGAUGUGAUGAUCAUCAUUUAGGUAGAUAUUAUGUAAAUGUUUGUCUACCUCAGCGCCAGUUCAGUCAGUGCUUGUCCUGGUGUCCAAUCAGGGUUGUUCUUCUUGCCAUGUGUGUUCAAUCCUUUUGCAUUACAGCUUUGUAACACUGUGUGUGCAAGUGUUUUCUCAGUGUGGUUUCAGGCACAGCUCUCUUUACGCAUCAGUGUUCUGUGGCAUGAUGAAAAAAAUAAUAAAACAAUUUUACAAUGCA